AUGGUUUUUCAAACCCCGUCUUUGAAAUCAUCUGUAGCUGACUUUCAGGUUGGCAACAACCACCGCUUGCGUUUGGUACCAAGUCGACCUCGUGCGACCGACUCACUUGUCCACCGUGCAAAUGCAAGCAUGCGCCUACAGAUGCCGACACAUUCGGCUUUCACUCCAUUCUUCUUCUUUUUCCCCUUUUUGUACAACCUUCGCCCCACCAAUCAACCUCGGCUGCUGAGCUGUACCAGUCUCCUGAGCGGAUACAAGGGGCCGGAGGACACUAGUUUAUGUGACCUCAGGUGCAACGGUCCGAUGAUGGCCGAUGACAUGCCACAGUUGGCAGAGGAUGCAAUACGGGAUGCAUGCAUCGAAGACACCUCGAAACCACGACCAAAUUACCAAGUUGGACUUUGA